AUGGAGUUAGCACAUCGAGCACAUUGGGCAAUCAAAACUGUUAAUGUGGAUUAUGACGAAGCAGGUCAAGUAAGGAAGUUGCAAUUGAGUGAAAUUGAGGAGAUUAGAGAUGAAGCAUACGAAUGCGCAUCCGCAUAUAAAGACAAAUUGAAGAAAGUUCAUGAUGCAAAGUUAAGAAAGAAGAACUUCGAAGUGGGUCAAAAGGUGUGGUUGUAUAAUUCAAGGUUGAAAAUGUUUGCGGGCAAACUCAAGAGCAAAUGGAUGGGUCCUUAUAUCAUCCAGAGAGUGGGGAGAUUUGGUGAUGUCGACAUUCAAGAUGAGCAAACCAAUAAGCAACAAACGAUGAACGGGUAUCGGCUUAAACUGUAUUUGGAAGGCAACGACAUCAACAAUCUUGAGCUCGACAAAGUGGGUUACAUUCUUCGCCCACUUGAUGACGAGGAAGUUUGA